AUGAAUAAAUAUACAUUAAAUUUCAAAGACAAAGAGAUCGAAUCUAACUAUCAAAACAUAACCUAAUAAAAUUUUAGAGUUUUCACUCUUACUAUUAUGACUUUAGGUCUUCUAGUUGUUGCAUUAACUAAAAUCAUUGAAAGUAUUUUACUAAAUGAAUAUCAAACCAUUUACAAAUACUGUUUAUUUAUUUGCUACUUGCUUAUUUAAUAUGGUAUAAUGAAGAAACAUACUAAAUAUAUACGAUUUGCCAUAAUCCUAUUAAAUCACUUAAUCUCAUUAUUUUUUAGUUUGCAAGUAUCAGAACAAGAUGAUUCAUACAAUAGUUUUCUUAAAGGAGCUAAUGUUAUGGGUGCAAACUUUUUAAUGCUUAUUUCAGGUGAGUUCAUGGAUGCAGCUAUAUCAGUCAUAACUAUAGGAAUUAUGAAAAUUAUUUUGGUUUAAAUAGCUUCUAACUUAUUACUGUUCUCUACAAUCAUAAGUUCUGUGCUUGUCAUCCUUUAUACAAUUCGUUAUUUAUAUCAUUUUCAUAAGGCAAUGCGUAAUCAAUUCUUAUUGGCUUUGAAUGAUUCUCAUUGGGAAAAAAUCUUAAAUUCAAUUGCAUUCAAAUAACCAUAUAUAGUCUUAUCUUUUAUAGAGGAUACUAUGUAAUUUACUCUGAAAUCAGAGGCUUAAUGUAAUCACUUUUUUAACAGAUAAUUUGAUGGAUCAAAUUUCAUUAGAGAUUCAAUAUACAAGGGAAAUAAAUUAGAGAAAUUUUUGUUUAUGCAAAUUUAGAAAUAUCGAGUGGAUAGAGCAUCUAUUUUUAAUAAGACUUUGGUAGUAGAAUACUUAAGAAAAAUGAUAAGAAUUGAAUGUUCAAUUUAUUAUGGAAAUAAACCAACUAUAUUACUUCUUAUGAGAGAUUUCCUUAAAUAAAAAUAGCCAGAUACAUCAAUUUAUGAAAUAAGACAUAGAAAUUUUAUUAGACUCAUUCUUAAAAUAUUAAGUCAUAAAGAUAGGUUGUCUUUAUUGAAAUGUCGUCUUAUUGAAAGAAAACUCUUGAUCUUAUAAUUAUAUGAGGAUCUAAGACUCUCAAAAUUAAAUGAAAGCGAAAUAAACAUUUAUAAUUUAGCAUAAAUCAUACACAAUUUGUAUACUAACCUAUCAGUUAAGGCAUUCGUAACUGGUAAUAGUAAUAUCAAUACGAUAUAGAAUAUAUUUUUGUUGAUUUUGUUAAUAAUAGCUGAAAAUUCACAAGGAUAAUAGCUUUCUAUUUGUUUAACGAAUGAAGAGGAGAGUUAGAGAUGGCUUCAUAUUUCAGGUAAUUUUUAAAUAGAAAAAGUAAAGAAAGCAUUAAAAUCAAUAUCAGAUUAUAUUAAAUUGAUUAGUUAAAGUUAGAUAAUGGAAUAAUUCAAAAUUGAAUUGAAUUUAAAUUAAUAUAUUUUGAUACCUUUUCAAGUCAAUCAAAUAAAUGCAAGAAGUUUAAAACACAUUGAUUUAGAAUGA